UCUCGGGAGUUGUAGUUCUGGCCUGGAAGAGUUGUGAAUAGAGGUUAGCCUGGAGGUCCUACUCUUCUAACCUUUUAACCUUUGCCCUCAGCAUCCCUGGGCCUCUCCCUCUCCCAGACCCGGCCUAAAUACGUCACUGCAGUGCGCCGGAGAGGCAGAAGCUGCCUCCUAGGGCCAGGUUCUGAUGUUGGUUCCAGUUUCAAGAACCUUACUUACAACUGUGUUGCAGAAUCAUAAGGUGAUCUGUCAGCUCUCCAGAGGCAUGAGAUUGGUCCAGUUUCAAACUCCUUACCUGAAAGGACCUCAUCUGGGACUAGAGGAGAAGGAUGGAGGUGGAGUCAUUAAUCUCAAUGCAUUUGACCCUAGCCUGCCCAAGACCAUGAGGGAAUUCUUAGAACAGGGAGAAACUGCUCUCUCUGUGGCAAAAAGAGCUUUGGAAUCUAAGCAGCCAAUUCUGAAACGGUCAGAGGUUACUUUUCUGUCUCCCAUCACCCAGCCAGAUAAAGUCGUGUGUGUGGGCAUGAACUAUGUGGAUCACUGCAAGGAACAGAAUGUACCAGUGCCCACAGAGCCCAUCAUUUUCAGCAAGUUUGGUAGCUCUAUCGUGGGGCCCUAUGAUGACAUUGUCCUGCCUUCUAAGAGCAAGGAGGUGGACUGGGAAGUGGAACUGGCCUUUGUCAUUGGAAAGAAAGGCAAACAUAUUAAGGCCACAGAUGCCAUGGCUCAUGUGGCUGGGUUCACUGUGGCACACGAUGUGAGUGCCCGUGACUGGCAAAUGAGACGCAAUGGGAAGCAGUGGCUGCUUGGAAAAACCUUCGACACCUUCUGUCCUCUGGGUCCUGCCUUGGUGACCAAAGAUGGUGUAGCAGAUCCACACAACUUGAAGAUCUGUUGCCGAGUGAAUGGGGAGGUCGUACAGAGUAGUAGUACCAAGCAAAUGGUGUUUAAGACCGAAGACCUAAUAGCAUGGGUCUCACAAUUCGUCACUCUAUAUCCUGGUGAUGUCUUCUUGACUGGGACUCCACCAGGUGUUGGUGUGUUUAGGAAACCCCCAGUAUUUCUCAAGAAAGGAGAUGAAGUCCAAUGUGAGAUUGAAGGAUUGGGAACCAUCAUCAACAAGGUUGUGUGAUACAAUUAUUCCUGGGAUUUCCAAUUCGGUUUCUUAGCCAUUCUUUGCUGAGCAGCUCUACAGCCCUUCUGUCUACUUUUUUGGCACAAAAGCACUAAGAAAUAUAUAUUAAAAAGAGGAAGAAAGUGACCUGUUGAAUGCCUUUGCCAACAUGAAACAUCACCUGGGUCUGGUUGGCUUCCAGCAUCUUCUCAAGCAGGCAAGAAUUCCAGAAAGGGAAGUCCCCACAAUGUGGAAUACUGGUUGUCUCUCCUGGAUCUUUUUGGUUGGUUUGUUUUUGCAAUCACUAUCAGAGAAGAAACUAUUCAAUAAAUUUCCUUUAAUCAUGGCAA